AUGAGGAAAAAAGACAGAAAACCAAAUCCUCCAACAAUACAAAAUUGUGCAGAAAUAGUAUCCACUAGUAUAGAUUUAAAAUGGCAACCACCUGCACUACCUAAUGGAGAUAUUCAGUACUACCUGAUUGACACUUUUGGUCCAUUUCCUCCAUCACAGAUCAAUACAUCAACUAGUGUUCUCACAUAUAAAGUUGAACCUCUGCUUGCAGCAAACCAAUAUUGUUUCAUAGUGAAAACAGUAAAUGAUGGACCUGAUAGCAUUAAAACAAGCGGCAAUAGUAAUCAGUUGUGUUGUAGAACAAAAGCAGCUUCAUCAAGUGAACCAACAAGUGUAAUAACCAAUGUUUUGUCAAGUAGAAACAUUUCUUUUUCAUGGAACUAUCCUGAUAAUCCACAAGGAGAUAUAUUUGGUUACCGUUUACGUCUUAGAGUGAAUGAUAUAUGUCAGGUGGAGAUCAUAUUCUUCUGUACUGAUUGUCCUAACACACAUACCAUUACGCACAAGGAUUGUGGAGAUGAUAAACAAAAACAAACAGUAAAUCUUAAUAAAAACCAAAUAAAUACAACCAUCAGCUAUGUCGUUGAGCAAUUAUUACCGUACACUAAGUAUGAUGUGUGGAUUACAGCCUAUAAUGCAGCAAAUGAUGGAAUGAGACAUAUAUCUGAAGUACAGACAAUAUCUGAAGUUCCACAGAAGCCUUUGAGUGUAGCUGCCUCAGUUGUGAGUUCAAGUGAAAUAACAGUAACAUGGAAUCAGCCAGCACCAAGACCAGGAGUUACAACUUAUCAUGUUAAAGCCUAUGAAGUGGUAAAUGGUGUGGAUAAAUUUGUCAAAAUUUCUAAUGUUUCAGGUUCGUAUUUAAAUUUUCUUUAA